AUGCUUGACCCGCUCACAGCCUUGUCGUUGGCAGGCAAUGUCGUUCAAUUCCUCGAUUUCUCCGCCAGACUUGUUGCCAAAGGCAAUGAGCUCUACAAGUCCACCGAUGGAGCAUCGGUAGGAAACGCUGAGCUUGAAGUCAUUGCGAAAGAUCUACAGGACCUCAAUGAGCGUCUGCAGAAAUCCACACCUUCGCACAACCCCAACCUGACGACCCUGACGACCCCAGAUGUAGCUCUGCACAAGCUGAGCGAGCAAUGCUCUGGCGUUGCAGGAGAGCUGAUCGAAGUUCUGGACAAGCUGAAAGUUCAAGGAACCUCAAAUCGGCGAUGGAAAAGCGUCCGACAGGCUUUGAAAGGUCUGUUGAAAAAGGAUGAAGUGGAUGCCAUUGCACAGCGCUUGCAGUAUGUUCGCGAUGAAUUGAAUCUUCGUAUACUGGUUUCGAUGAGAGACACCCUCGACAUGCAAGCGAUCAAACAAACGGAAGGCUUCCGGAACUUGGACAAAGUUGCUCGACACUUGGUAGACAGACUAGAGGAUGACCAGAGUCAGCUACGGGAGGAUCUUGAAGUCAAUAUUGAGCGCCUAAGUCACGGUCAAGACCAUACCAAUGAACUUAUUACAAGGGAACAUGAACGGACACGAAAAACUAUACUUGCUACCAUAUAUUCAGGGCGAGGAAAUCAGCCCUUUGAAAAUUUACAAGGGCCGCCAGAAGGCACUGAAGAUCUCGGCCAGAAACGUGAAGACGCGGAGAUCGAAUCCUUUCUACUAGCAAGUCUCCGUUUCCCAACGAUGGAGAACAGGUUUGAUGAGAUCGAGCCAGCACAUCGAAAGACUUUCGAAUGGAUCUUCCUUCCACCUCCACAACACUCGGGAUGGUCUGAUUUCCCUCAAUGGCUUUCUGGGGGCACGGGGAUAUACUGGAUCAAUGGGAAACCAGCUUCGGGAAAGUCAACUCUAAUGAGAUUCAUUUGCGAUAAUUCUCGGACUGCCAGUUUACUUAACAAAUGGUCCCAGCCGAAACGGCUUAUAAGGGCGACGCACUUCUUCUGGAACAGUGGCACAGUUGAUCAGCGGUCUUACCAAGGCCUUCUUCGUGCGUUGCUUUUCGACAUUCUUAGGCAAGCGAGAAACUUGAUCCGGGUGGUUUUUCCUGAUGAAUGGGCUGCACAUCGAGGACAUCCAACCAGGCUUAUUCUGGAACCCGAGUCUUGGACCUUACCAAGGUUGAUCAAAGCCUUCGAGCAUCUGUUCCAACAAGCCAGUGACGACUCGAGAUUUUGUCUGUUUAUUGACGGUCUUGACGAAUACGAUGGCGAUCCUUUCGACAUCAUUAACCUUUUUACAAAUAUAUCAAAGCUUCCGAAUGUCAAAUUAUGCCUGUCGAGUAGACCCAUUUACGAAUUUGUCAAAGCGUUCAGAUCGCGUCCGACACUCCGUCUCCAGGAUCUCAAUUUUAAUGACAUCAAGCAAUAUGUGGAUGACGAGCUCGGAGCCAACGACCUAAUGCGGGAGCUUCACAAUACAGAGCCGCAAGAAGCGCCGAAACUAUCACUAGAAAUCAUUGACAAAGCGGAUGGAAUCUUCCUUUGGGUCAAACUUGUAGUAAUCUCAUUACUUCGUGGGCUUCGGAAUUCGGAUCAUGUCUCCGAUCUCCAAAGGAGACUUCGACUCUUACCGCCGUCACUUGAAGACUUAUUUAGUCAUAUUCUAGGCCGCCUUCAGCCAGUCUACCUGGAACAGUCGUCCCGCAUCUUCCAGAUUUUCGCAACUUCCCAGUUUGAAAAUGUUCACUUCACUUCUCUCAAACUCUCGUUCGCCGAAGAUCCCAAUGUUGACAGCCUUCUUUCGUCCCGAACGCAGCCAAUCUCAGAGAUUGAAUGGGCGGAGAGGGUCGAACUCGUCGAUAUUUGGCUGGUGACAAGAUGCGGAGGCUUGAUUGAAGCCAACCACCCUCGGGGGUCGCACAGUCCUGAUCGAGUUUUAUCAUAUCUGCACAGAACAGUUCGAGAUUUCUUAGAACUGCCUCAAGUAUGGUCGCGCAUUCUUGAUCCCACGCGAGAGUCAGAUUUCAAUCCAUACGGUUCUCUUUUGCAGUCUUGCGUCUUCUUCUUAAAGUUUGUAUUACUUCCCACAGAAAAACGCCCAAGAAAACACGCAGAGGAAAUUUUAUCUCUUGCUUAUAGAGCCGAAUUGAAAACACGGCAAGCCGAGGUUCUCCUCCUUGAUGAAUUUGACCGAGUUAUGCAACGCGCAAAUGGUCCAUCAUAUUUCUGGGGAGCUACGAAAGAGUACACAAUCCAAGACCCUCAGCACAAUUUCCUUGCGCUCGCGAUCGGGUGUGGACUUUACCACUAUGUCGCACAUAAGAUCGAAUCUCAACCUGACGUAGUACGAAUGAAGGAAAGCGGGCCUAUGUUAAGAAGAUAUGCCGUUCAAAAACACUAUGGCCUGCAUGGUCACCAUCGACUAUCUUCGAAGAUUGUUGAACUACUCCUGCACAAUGGAUCCUGUCCUAACCAGAUUUAUGGUGGCUAUUCUGCUUGGGAUAUCAUACAGGGGAGACUAGAGUCACUUACAACCAGACUUUCCUGCACCGAGGGUGACCAUUUGCGCAAUGUAAUUAAACGGGACUAUGAGUGGCCCGAAUUACUGAAGGCCACACGAAUCUUCCUUCUGAAUGGCGCAGUUAUCAAUGGGCGUGUCUACAAGAUCUUGAGGGGUUUGGAGUCCGAGUUUCCGGAUGACGCAAAAGAAUUGCGGGCGAUCGCGGUGGCCCAGGAGGCUCAAAACAAUCAGGCUCUGGGCGACGAAUAUCCAACAUCAUCAGACGCCUUUUGUGGCAAAGGAGGGCCUUAUAGUACAGAGGAUGGAAAGGUGGACAUUGCAGCUCAUCAGCUGCCCCAGAGUCGAAGAAGGAAUUGGUUCCGGAUAUUAUGCCACUUGACGACUUUCACGAGCUUGAAGUCAAAGUCGCAAGUCUCGUGA